AAAUUGCUUUGAACUUGGCAAUUUAUUUAUACACAAAUGUUUUAACCCAUUAGCCGCUUCGGGUCGAUUUUAGCUUCAAAAAUGUAUUCGAGUUGAAUUUACUGCUUGGAUAAGUCGUUCAAAUAAUUUAACAUGGCUACAACAUCAGCUAUCAUAUUACCCUGCUUGUUCUUAAUUGCGGGAGGUCAAAAUAAUCAUGACUGGCUCUCUUGGGGAAAUGAAGCCAUUCUACCACCGCAUUCUUCUAUAUUGGAGAAAAUUGAUACAAAACCAACCCUGCUGGUCAGCGGAGGUCGUGGAAAUCCAACUCAACCAAGUUCAAUAGCUGCAUUUAACCUGCCACAAAUGGCAAUCGCAGAAGAUGCGGUGAUUAAGAUCGUUGAGGACAUAAAACACGGUCUGCGUUACCUCUUUCAAACCAACAAUUCCAAUACUUUGGCCAUCGUGGGAACCGGAAGUUUGGGGAUUGAAACUGUAUUGGACAAUCUUGUCGAACCUGGCGACACAGUCCUUAUUUUACUCAACGGAAUGUGGGCUGACCGAGUGAAGGAAAUUGUUACGAGGCUGAAAGGGAUUCCCAUCCCAAUGAUGAAGCCACCCGGUUCAAUUUUCACCAUGGAAGAAGUCGAAUUAGAAAUUCGGUCAAAAAAGCCGAAAAUUGUUUAUGCCGUGAAUGGUGAAUCAAGCGCUGGUGUAUUUCAGAAAGUAGAUUUUAUAGGAGAUUUGUGUCACAAGCACGGCUGUAUCACUGUCUUGGACGUGAUACACAUUGUUGGAAUCCAACCAUUUUUCAUGGACAAGUGGAAAAUGGACGUCGUGGUUUGCAACACUCAAAAAGGAAUCGGAGCUCCGGUCGGAAAGGCUCCGAUGUCAUUUUCUUCAAGAGCUGUUGAAAAGAUGACCAAUCGCACAACAACACCACACACUUUAUUGAAUGACUUUCAAUCCUGGCAAAAAUACAAUUAUUGGAGAUUAGAUGCUACUCGGCCAUAUUUCACGCAUCACAGCGUCCCAAUUCUGCUAAUGUACACUUUGAGAGAGGGUUUAGCACUGCUAAGCCGAGAUGGAUUAAUUUCAUCAUGGAAAAAACAUGCAGAGUCGAACUUAUAUUUAAGAAAAAGAUUAUUAGAAGAAUUUCCAUUUCUCACCGAUACCGUGACAGAACCAAAAAAUCGGUUGGUAGGAGUUGUGAUGCUGUCAUUUCCAAAUUACUUGAACUCAACAGAGAUAAGAACUCAUUUGAUUGAAAAACACAAUGUUGACGUGAAUAAUGGUUUUGGACCUUCGGUCGGUAAAGUUAUAAGAUUUGCGUUGCUCGGGGCCAAUGCUAAUUUUGAGGUGGCAGACAAAUUGGUGAAUGUGAUGAAAGAAACAUUCGCCCAUUUUAACGUGUCAUCAUCACCAAAGACUUAA